AUGGAGUCCGGGAGAAGGAAUAAGAAUAGUCGAAAAAAGAAGGCCAAGGCAGCGAACGCUCUUGUACACACAAAGAGAAAAGAGGUUGAGGGCCACGAUGGCUGGAUACAUAUCGUCGAUAAACCGCGUUCGAACAACACUAGUACGAAGAUCAAAACGCAAUUACUGCAGGGCGGGGAUUUUGAGGUCAAUGGCGUGAGCUAUGUCAAUCGGACCCUGGUAGAGUUGAAGGAGGAGUUCGAGCAUUUCAAGAGAUCUUGGGAAGACCGACCGGCUUGCAAGGACCUGAAGGAGAAGAUGAGGCAGAUGGAGAAGAUCCAAAAGAUCGAGAAUGUGGUGGUACUCGGGCUGGGGAGCUUGCAGAGCGCGAGGAGGGAGGGCAGGAGAGCGAGUUCGACACAAUUAGCGGCUUUGCAGACCAUCGUGGGAGGUCUUGAAAAUGCAUUCGAGCUUGGCUUAGUAUUCCAAGACCCGCAGUUUACGGCGGUGGACAAUGAGUUUCUGACAUCUCUGGGAUACAAAGUGGUUGAUGAUCCAGACGCUUUCCAAGAAAUUGGGAAGGGAAGUCUGGUGUAUGCUAUUCAUUGCUAUGGACCCGUCUACAAGUCCGUCAGCGAGAGGCCGAGACCGGCAGUUUUGAUUGCGACAGAUGUAGAGAACUUUAAACAAUUCGACUCGCAAGUUUUCUUACACUUCCUGGGGGUAUUCAACUAA